AUUUCAUUAUUUGCGUCACAACAAUAACAAAAGUUGUGUUUACAUACAUUCCUUAUGUCUUUCAGAAUCAAAAGUUGAAAGACAGUACGACAUUUGGUUUUGAGUUUAUUAUGUUUAUUGGAAGUUAGUACAGCACAGAAACUUAUUUAAAAAAAUCAUUUAAAUAAGUAAAACAAGAAUAUUAAGACAUUAAACAUUUUGAUUAUGUUCGAUCAAACUGAAAGUACCGCUUUUGGUAUGAAGAUAAAUUUUGGUAUUUCUUCAGUACCAUUAAUUAGUAGGAAUUCUUCACUUCCUAUACAAAAUUCUUCAGGUACCAUUACAGGAAGUUUAUUUAAUAGAUCUACUUCAAAUUUUGGCCAAACUUCUUCAACACAAGCGCAUUUUGGAGGUUUUGGAAAUACAAACACAAUUCCAUUUAGCAAUCAACAAUCUACAAAUGCCAUUGGAACCAAUACAUUUACACCAUUGGCACUUAAUCAAGCUAAUAAUCAAACUGGUUUUGGUUUUAAUCCUUUUGUUCAACCUCAAUCACAACAGACAAAUAAUCCUUUUGUAAGAACGUCUAAUUUCUUUAAUUCUUCAUCUUCUUCUGGAUUCAGAGAUACAAGUGGAACAGUUGUGAAAUUUAAUCCUGUUGUGGGAAGUGAUACAAUACAAAAUAGAGGAUUAACUCAAACAAUACACGUGCUUUAUUGGUGCAUUAAUGUUAUGAAAGAAUAUGAAGAUAAAUCUUUGGAAGAAUUACGAUUUGAAGAUUAUAAACAAGGUAGAAAAGGACUACAAACAGGAUUUUCUAACUUAUCAACGCCUGGAAUUUCAACAACAAAUCAAUCAAGUACUGGUUUUUUUAAUAAACCAUUUAUGUUUUCCACACCUUCCAUUACUAACAAUCAAUUUCCAACAACUUCUCCAUUUCCUUCAAAUAAUUCAACAAAUUUUGUAUUUAAUAAACCACAGAAUAGUGGAUUUGUUUCAACUCAAUCUAAUCAGAAUAAUCAAUCAAAACCACUUUCUUUAUGGUCAACUUCAUGCAAUGGAUUUAAUCCAUCAAAUUCAAGCACAAAUUUAUUUAUCUCAAAAUCUUGUUUUCUUCCAGAGAAUACAAAACAAAAUUUUCUAUUUAAACCUUCUGGUUUUUCUUUAACAUCAAAUGCAAUGAAUACUACUUUUAACAAUAAUAAUCCUUUUUCUAAUUUACAGAGAAAUAUAAAUUUAUUUACACCCAAUUCCAAUACAUAUAAAACACCUUUUUCAACCACUGGUUUUGCUCCAUCUUACAAUUAUCGACCUUUUAAUUUCCCCUCUUCAAAUUCUUCAAUAAUUCCUUCGUCAUUAAUUGCGAAUCAAACACAAAAUACUGUUUCAAAUCCAAUACCUAAUCAAAUUUUGGGUUUAAUUACAACGCCAUUUGGUGAUUCCUCAUUAUUAAGAAAUCUUCAAUCAUCAUCAUCAAAUAAAGCUGAACAUAUGGCAAAAACAAAAUCAGCAUUUAUUGUAAAUAAACCAAUGAGUCGAACACAAUAUAAAAUUUCGACAAAUAAUUCUUCAUUGAAAAUAAAACCGAAACUAAUUAACGGUUCUGGAUUACAUCAGAAAACAUUGUUUGAUAGUCUUGAAAAUGAAGAUUCAUAUUUAUUGGAAACAUUUCAAGUUCGUCCUAGUGCAAAACGUUUAGUUUUGCGAGCAAAACGAUCAUCAAAUAAUUCCAAAACGGGGGAAAAUUUUUUGGCAAAAAAUUCUGAGACAAAUAUAUCGACAAUAUCAUUAUGUGAUGAGACAAGUGCCACUGAUAAAGAGAAUCAAGAAAUUCAAUCUUUUAACAGUGAUACAACAAGUUCUACAUCAUGGCUCAAAGUUUCAGUGAUAAAUCAAAAUAAAUGUCAUGGGAAAAAUUUAAAACAACUUGAAAUUACAGAUAUUGAGAAUUUUGAUGAUUCUAUCACAGAAUUGAGACCAAGUCUAACGAGUCCUUCAAGUUCAUUGUUGAAUUCGAAUAUUUCUCCAAUUCAAUUGAACGAUGAAGAAGAUUCUCUAGAUUCAUCUGAACGAGUUUUAAAUUCAUCGAAAAAAUCCCUGGAAUCAAUAAACAUUGCACAAAAAGCUCAAGUGAAACUUGAAAGAUGUGAAUAUUAUACAAUUCCUCCAUUGGAAAAAAUUGAUGAUUAUGUUCAUGAACAAACAUGUAUUGUUCCUAAUUUCACUGUUGGUCGUAAAGGAUAUGGUAAAGUUUCUUUUUCAGAAUGUGAUAUUUUUGGAUUAAAUUUAGAUGAAAUAGUUCAUUUCAAUCAUAAGGAAGUGAUUAUUUAUCCAGACGAUAAUAAAAAACCACCUAUUGGUCAGGGAUUAAAUCGCUCAGCACAAGUUACAUUAGAACGUGUUUGGCCUAAUGAUAAAUAUGAUAAUAAGCCAAUUCGAGAUGUUAAAAUUAUUGAGAAAAUGAAUUAUGUGGAGAAAUUGAAACGUGUUUCUGAGAAGCACAAUACUUCUUUUUUGGAAUAUCAAUCAAAAACUGGAUCAUGGAUCUUUCAGGUAGAACAUUUUUAA